GACAGAUUGUCGUUCUAAAAUCUAACUUCUAAUAAACAGUAAACACUCUCACCGUAUAACCUUACUAAUUAUAUAGACUUUAAUUGAUUGAUGCGAGUUAAUUAGAAUAAAUAAAUCUAGUUUUUUCUUCAAAAAUGGAUGUCAAGUCCUAUUUACAUGCUUGGACGACAAAAAAAGGUUUAACACCGCAGUUUGAUAUUCGUGCUACCGGGCCUAAACAUCGCCAAAGAUUUCUGUGUGAAGUUCGCGUAGAUGGCUACACUUAUGUUGGUGCCGGCAACUCAAUCACAAAAAAAGAAGCUCAAAAAAAUGCCUCCCGAGAUUUUAUUACCUUUUUGGUGCGUUCGGGAGAGGUAACAGCAACAGAAGUUCCAGCAGAUGUACUGAUUAAAAAUGAACCCUCAGAUAUUACAACCCCAGCCUCAGGCAUUGAUAAUAUGCAACUUAAGGCAAUACAAAAUAAACCAGUUUUUCAGGAAGGAAUGGGACCAGAAAAGAUGGGCCCUGCUUACCAAGCUUAUGGUGGGUCAUCUGAGAAUUUUACAUAUAUAGAUAGAAUGCAACAACAAAAGAAUGUUGAGGAGGCUGAAGACCUGGAUGUUAAUGCUGCACUACAUGGUAAUUGGAUGAUGGAAAAUGCAAAGUCAAAAUUGCAUCAGUUCAUUCAAGUGAAUAAGAUCAAUGCUGAUUAUGUAUAUAAAGCGGUUGGUCCUGAUCACACGAGGAGUUUCUGUUGCGAGAUGACGAUUUAUGUACGUCAACUCGGCCGCAAUGUCACCGGCCGCGAAACAGCGUCUAACAAACAAACUGCGAGUAAAUCUUGUGCGUUAUCGUUGGUUAGACAACUAUACCAUCUUGGUGUAAUUGAGGCCUAUAGCGGAACACUAAAAAAAGACAGGUCUGCGGAAGGCUUGAUGAAACCAUAUCCUGUGGCUAUCGAUCCCAAUCUAGAACGACAAAUUGAGGAGGCAUUGAGUGAGCUAGAUAUCGUGCCGGUGGAUGUAAAUGCACCACAGGAGAACUCUGAGGGGCCGGGAGUGACGAUAAUGCAGACGGACCGAAUUAAAGCUAUGAAAGAAGCCAAGCAAACCGCAUCUGGUGUUGUGUCAUGGUCGCCUCCGCAGCCCAAUUGGAACGCGUGGACUGCGUGCAAUAUUGAUGAGGGACCUCUAGCCACAACAACUCUAGAGGAAAUCAGCUCUGAUCUAGAAGGAUGUCACAGGAACGUGUGCCAAAAUAGCACAAUGUAUCAGGAAAGUAUUCGCGAAAGAGAAGCAUUGCCAGUUUAUGGAAUGAGGUCGAAAAUAAUGGAGGCGAUUAAUGACAACCCUGUUGUUAUUAUACGUGGUAACACAGGUUGUGGAAAAACUACUCAGGUAUGCCAAUUCAUAUUGGAUGAUUACGUAGCGAGUGGCCAAGGCGCAUGGGCGAACAUAUGUGUAACACAACCGAGACGGAUAUCCGCUGUUAGUGUCGCGGAGAGAGUAGCGGCCGAAAGAUGUGAGGACCUUGGGAAUAGUGUGGGAUACUCUGUGAGGUUUGAGUCAGUCCUUCCGCGUCCAUACGGUUCGAUAUUGUUUUGUACUGUGGGUGUGUUGUUGCGGAAACUUGAAGGAGGUCUAAGAGGCGUCAGCCAUGUACUUGUGGAUGAGGUGCACGAAAGAGACGCAGAUACAGACUUCGCUCUCAUUCUCCUACGUGACAUGGCGCAUACAUAUCCCGAUCUACGUAUAAUACUCAUGUCGGCCACCGUAGAUACUACACUAUUUGUUAACUACUUCGGAAACUGUCCCGUUAUCGAGGUUCCUGGCCGUACGCAUCCAGUCCAGCAAUAUUUCUUAGAAGAUUGCGUUGAGCUUACCAACUUCAUGCCGCUACCAGAUACGAGAAAACGGAAGGUAUCAGGCAAAAAGGCGAACCGCAAUGAAGAAGACGACGAUGAUGAGGAAGCGGCUCUUGGAGAAGAAGAGGAAGAUUUAAACAAGAAUUGUCAGCUCGAUAACAGUUACUCACCACGCACUGUUGAAGUUAUGUCGAAAUUAUCAGAAAAAGACCUAAGUUUCGAGUUGAUCGAAGCGAUUCUUCUCUACAUACAAAGCCUGGGUCAGGACGGUGCGAUUCUAGUAUUUCUGCCUGGUUGGAACCUGAUAUUCGCUCUAAUGAAGCACCUUAACCAGCAUAGGGUUUUUGGUAAUCAGAACCAGUUCCUCAUACUACCACUUCAUAGUCAAAUUCCACGAGAGGACCAGAAGAAAGUCUUUCUCACACCGCCUCCAGAGAUUACGAAGGUAAUCCUGUCUACAAAUAUUGCGGAGACAUCGAUCACUAUAAACGAUGUUGUAUACGUUGUUGACUCGUGCAAGGCAAAGAUGAAAUUGUUUACGUCACACAACAACAUGACGUCAUAUGCCACUGUCUGGGCUAGUAGGACCAAUCUUGAGCAGAGAAAAGGUCGCGCCGGGCGAGUACGUCCCGGUGUUUGUUUCACGUUGUGUUCGCGUACGCGUUACGAACGCCUGGACGAACACAUGACCGCUGAGAUGUUUCGCACUCCACUGCACGAGCUGGCUCUAAGUAUUAAGCUCCUUCGGCUGGGUAACAUUGGUCACUUCCUCUCAAAGGCCCCGGAACCACCACCGCUAGAUUCUGUCAUUGAGGCUGAAGCCUUAUUAAGAGAAUUGGGUUGUUUGGACUCGAAUGAUGCCUUGACUCCGCUUGGUACUAUACUUGCAAAAUUACCUAUUGAACCUCGUCUCGGCAAAAUGAUGGUACUUGGUUUCGUGCUAGGCUUGGGUGACGCACUCACAACUAUGGCGGCCAAUUCCACUACAUUCCCUGAAAUAUUCACUGUCGAAGGCCGACGUCGACUUGCCUUACAUCAACGAGGUCUCGCCGGGGAUAGGGCUUCGGAUCAUGUCGCUAUGUUAAACGCUUUUCAGUUAUGGGAGCGAGAGCGAUCUAAAGGUGAAGAGGCGGAAAUGCAAUGGUGCGAGUGGAAAGGAGUACAGCAUACGACAUUGAAGGUCACCUACGAAGCCAAAUAUCAACUUACAAAUAUUUUAACAACCUCUGUGGGGUUUUCUGAAGAAUGUUGUAUUCCACAAAGAUGGAACCCUUAUGGAGAGGACGAAAACUUGGACAUCGUAAUCGCGUUACUCUGUAUGGGACUUUAUCCAAAUGUCUGUGUGCAUCACGGAAAGAGAAAGGUACUAACAACAGAAGGCAAACCAGCCUUGAUACAUAAGACGUCAGUCAACUGCAGUAACCAAGAACAGAAAUUCCCUUCACCGCUAUUUGUGUUUGGAGAAAAAGUACGAACACGAGCGAUCAGCUGCAAACAGACGACCAUGGUGGCGCCUUUACAUCUAUUACUGUUUGGAUGUAGGAAGAUUGAAUGGAUUGACAACGUUAUUCGUCUAGACAACUGGCUUAACUUUGAGAUGUCGCCUCGUACCGCGGCACUGAUAGCAGCUCUUCGGCCCGCCAUUGAACGCAUUGUCGAGAGAGCUGCCGCAGAACCAGAUGCUGCUUUGCAAUAUUCACCGACUGAACAGAAGGUACUUAACUGUGUAAGGGCUUUGUGUCAGUUCACAGCCGGUGAUUAUGAAAUACGUAGAGAAAUAUCUGUACCAACAUUCCGGUCAGAUGGACCGAAACGAGGCUAUAAUCGAGGCUGGGGCACUAAUGGACCAAGGGGAGGUUUCGGAAGUAGCUCCGGGUUCGGUGGAAACCAAGGUUAUGGACAAAAUGGCAGCUUUGGUGAUCGUGGAAGUUUUGGUGGUCCAGCUGGAUUUGGAAACCGAGGCGGUUCCGGCAACCAAGCUGGGUUUGGUAGUCGAGGCGGUUACGGCAAUCAAGAUGGUUUUGGUAGCCGAGGCGGUUACGGCAAUCAAGCUGGUUUCGGUAACCGAGGCGGUUACGGCAAUCAAGCUGGUUUUGGUAACCGAGGCGGUUAUGGUAAUAAUGGGGGAUACGGCAACCGCGGUAGGUUUGUAAACCGUGGCGGUUAUCGUGGCAGGGGCAAUAUGUGGUAGAUAUACUUUAAGUCUCUAGAUUAAGUACAAUAAACUCAUUGACAUUCUUAAAAUGUUUUAUUUUCUA